GUUCCCUCCCACCUCCUCGUGGCGGGGGGAGGGAACAGCGAGUGGUGGGUUAGCGCAGUGCACUUGCGCACUCGGCAGCAGAAACUACCCGGGAGGUUGCAGUUGGUGGUUUCGCUGUAAGAACCCGCCCGGGCGCUGGCGGCUACCGUUCUGAUUGCAAGGAAAGGAAGGGAGAGACUGACGGUUGCUUCGUGGGUGGGGCUGCUGGCGCCUCGAGUUCCCUUUGGCUUUUGGGCGGGCGACCAGACUGGGCAAGGGGGGGCACGAAACGGCAGGCGCCGAAUCAGCCUGCAUGGAGCUUCCGUGGUUCCUGCCUCCGCUGCAGUCGCUCGCCUGGGGCUGGGGAGGUUCUGUGGAAGGUGCGUGCGAAACUGGGCCCCGCUUCGGGAGCCAACAGCAAGCUUGAGGGGGGCCGCCGGCUGCGAGGAGCGACCGAAGUAGUGUCGCUGAGCCUCUUCCUUGCCGAGCCGCAGCAGUCCUGGGGAAGGCGGCGGAAGCUUCGAACGACGCUGAACAACUUCCCUUUUCCUUCCCUCAGUAUUUUUCUGCCAGUCGAACGACUGCUGGUGGCUCCUUCCUCAUAACCGCCCCUGAGGAGACAAAGCCCCGUCAAGAGUGGCCGCCACUUGCGCUUCUUUGCCUACCUCUUCUUCCAUCCCCUUGGCCGAAAUUGAAGGGAAGCCCCAGGAGAGGCUCGCAGGCAGGCCCCAAACUGCCCCUUUCUUGAGGAAUCGAGUGACGAACUGCUCUGCCUCUUGAGAAUCAUUUUCUGCUUAAAACAUUUGGAUACCAUUGCCCCCCCUUUUAAAUAAACUGUUGUCCGUCGUCUUCCUUCCAACUGCUGAAUUGCCUAGAAUAUAUCCAAGCUUCUUCGUUCUGAUUUGUUUCCACGUUUUAGAAUCGAGAUUUUGUCUCUCCCCCGCCCCCAAUCAUUUUAAGCUUCUUCAACAGUCUUAAACGGAUGAAUGAAUGGAAAGGACUAGACAUUCGGGAUGGCUUUUUUGCCUCUUCAUGUGAAUAUGGAAUAACAUGCAUUUAUGCACACAAUAAACACAAAUCUUUUAUUCAGGAGACUUUUUGAAGAUAAAAUCAACGCUUUUUAAGACUGAAAAUGAUCCUAAAGUGGGUUUUGCCUUACUGGAGCUAUUUAUUCUCUGUGCCCAUUUUGGUCCUGUUUAAUUGUUAUGCUACUCUAGCUAGUGCAGAUAAUGCCAAUCAAGCAUAUUAUACAGCCCUCAUAAAUGUGACUGUUUCAAGUCCUGAUCGUUUAACGAUACUUGAUCGUGGACGCUAUGGACAAGAUUCUCCCAAAGUAGCUGUCAAAGGCCUGCUUCUGGCACCUCUGCCAAUCAACGGAGUUUCAGAUCGUUUAGGCUGUGAUCCACGAACAAGGUUUCCAGUUCCUCCAAACAAACAGUGGGUUGCCCUGCUCCAGCGAGGAAACUGCACCUUUAAACAAAAAAUACUGCAGGCAGCUUCACAUAAUGCUUCAGCUGUGGUAAUUUAUAAUAAUGUAUCCAGUGAAGAGCCUGUCACUAUGACUCAUCAAGGAACUGGAGACAUUGUCACGGUCAUGAUCACAGAAUUGAAAGUUAAGGAGAUCCUGAAUUACUUAGAGAAAAACAUGUCUGUCAUAAUUGCAAUAGCAGUUGGAACACGCUAUCCAAACAAAAACUUUAAUCGUAACUCUCUUGUCUUCGUAUCAAUAUCAUUCAUAGUUUUGAUGAUAAUUUCUUCAGCCUGGUUAAUAUUUUACUUCAUCCAGAAGAUCAGAUAUUCAAGUGCACGUGAUCGAAACCAGCGUCGACUCGGAGAUGCUGCCAAAAAAGCUGUUGGUAAAUUGACAACAAGGACGGUGAAGAAAGGUGAUAAGGAAACAGAUCCAGACUUCGAUCAUUGUGCUGUCUGCAUUGAAAGUUACAAGCAGAAUGAUGUUGUCCGCAUUCUGCCAUGCAAACAUGUUUUCCACAAAACCUGUGUGGAUCCAUGGCUCAGUGAGCACUGCACUUGUCCUAUGUGUAAACUGAACAUUCUGAAGGCUCUGGGAAUUGUGACAAAUGUGCCAUGUGCCGACAAUAUGGCCUUUGACACGGAAAGGCUCACCAGAGGCCAACUAGGCAACAGGAGAUCAGUUCUUGGUGACCUUACCAGUGAUAGCUCGCUUGCUCUUGAGCCCCUGCGUACUUCUGGAAUAUCACAGUUUCCACAGGAUGGGGAGCUGACUCCAAGGACAGGAGAGAUUAACAUUGCUGUAACUAGUGGCCACUUCUUUCACCGUAGCUCUCUCUCUCCUCGGAGCCUGGUCUAUGAGAAUGACUUCUCUUCAAUUGAACCUGUCUUGGACAUGUAUGAUGAGAACAAGACCUGAAGAGGAUCUGCAUUCUUGCUUUGCUCUCUUUCCCUUUCCCUUUUCCGUUUCUCAUCCCUGUUGUUGUGUACUCCUUCCAUGGGUGUCCUUUGUCUGAAGAAGAGCUGCCUUUUCCAGAACAUGUGCCUGGCUGCCAGGCUGCAAAGGUGAAGCUCAGCUGAGGCAAUAUCCAAGGAUGACAUCUGUGAAUGGAUGAAGUAUGUGCACAAAGUCGGCUGUUGGAGGUUGCCGAGUGACAAAGUUGUCAUUAGCAGUGCCAGCGUGAUGGUGUUGGUAUGCUAGAGGUUUUGCCCUACUCUCAGUUUUAAUUUUGUACAACAGUCACCUCUCUUGAGUAGGCAUAUGAUAUUUCUCUUUUUUUAAAAAAAAUGCAGUUUGCCAGCUUAGUUGCCUGAUGGAGCAGGUGGUAGGCUACUGCCCAAAGCACUCCAAUUAUUCUUCAUUCUAACCUUAUUCUUACACCGAACAUCCCCAUUUCAAAGGGAUCUGUGAGAAAUGUAUUAAUUUUCCAGCUUGCCAUUUAAUAGGCUAAUGGCAGAACUAGCCAAUAUUACAGCAGCAUUACAGCUUGCAACAUUCAUACAAGAUUUUUUGAGCGGGGAUGGUGUUCCCCUUUCUUUCUUGAGGUUAACUAUGAACAAAAACUGCUUAGAAAGAAUGCAAAAAACAAAAACACAGCCAUUUUUCCAGCCUUCCUACUGAAGGUAUCUCGGACAGAAGAUGGUGCUGAAAUUUAUAAAACCAAUAGUUGUUCUUUAGAUGAUUAAGACUUCUUAAGAAGAACCCAGAAAUCAAAACUAGAUUAUUGCUUGUUUUUUAAAAGGUGUGUGCUUUUUCACUCUGAUUUUUAAAAAGCCAGUUAUGUUGGUGUUAUAUACUGAAAAAAGUGGAAGCAUUGUUCAUACAUAUUUUUACCUGAGAUAACUAAUCAAGCAACACUUUACUGAAGCUAUACCUGUUCCAAAGGACAUCAAUAUUGUAAAUCCCUGCUUUGAUAUCCAGGAGCAAAUCCAUUUUUACUAGAAUGGAACACUGGAAAUAAACUUUCCGGCUGAUGCAAAAUGGACAGCUAAAAGAACAAAGACUGUAUUUUUUUUAGUAGUCAGCAGUGUCGCUUAAGCAAAAAAACAUAAUUCAGAUCUGAUGUAUGGGAUGGCACAUCUAAAGUAACUUUUCCUACUGUGGAUGCCGCAUAAAACAUUAAGAGUUGACAAAUGUCAUUUUUCCCCAUUACAAAUCUAAGCUGCUGUAGAGAUAGAAAUGGUAUCCUUGUAGUGUGAACACAGUCUUAAUGCUCUAUGAAUAUUGAUUGUUGAAGAAACUGAAAACCAAAAGAAAAGGUAAGGAAUAUUGUGUGGGUGUCUCGUUACGUUUAGAUAGCUUAAGCUCCAAGCAGGCCGGCAACGUGUCUUGUUUUUUCUACAGAAGCUAGAUCUCUCCUGGCCUGGCAGAUGCUGCUGCUGAAACUUUUAUGCAAAGACUUGAAACUAGCUCAGUGAAGCUAACGGUUUCUUUGUUAGCAGGAAUGCUUUUAGUCUGUGUUGCUGAGAUGGCCAUAUGGUGUGUCUGAUCAUUCUUGACUGAGUGAUACAGAGCAUAGGGACUUAGCACUGGCAGCCAUUUGUUUGUUAUAUGUGCCAGCUAAGUUUUAAUGUACUCCACUAACUGUGAGAUUCUUUACUAAAUCAUUUUAAAAGCACAAUCUUGAAGUGUUGUGAAUGAAAAUUAGAAGAUUUGGUGGAGAAGAUCAGUAAAAUUGAUUACAAGAAUAAAGUAAUGUUACUUAAAUGGACACACAAAAUCUAGCAUUCAUUUUCCCUUUUACAAGCUGCCAAUAUCAUAUACUUCUCUGUUGGUAAUAAAACAUAUUAUGAAACAGGUGUCACUUUAUGCAAAGUGCUCUCUUGUUGCAGUGUUUAGCGCAUAGCCAGAAUCUUGAUGAGAAAAUCUUGAAACAGGUUCACCCUCCAUCCCUUUUAUUAACUAUAAAUGUGUAAUUAUCACAAAUACUUCACAGUGGUAUACCUGAUUUUUAAAGAUUUAACUAGCUAAAGUCAAUUUUAAAACUGAACUGCUAACUGCUCUGAACUUUACUGAAUUCUUAUAGUCAUAACAUUGGAGUAUUUAAGUCUGAGAGGUGGUAGCAUGGGGUGGGGUGUUCACAUGUUACUGUUUGUGUACGCCUGCAGGCUGAAAGACUAUUAACUGGGUGGACCUUGAGAAAGUACUAAUUGGAUGCAAAAGACAAAAAGUCCCUUGUAGAAAGAGGGCUAAAUCCAGAGAAAAUAUGUACCACUUCCAUCAGUGGUUCAUUUAACUGUGACUAAAUUAUUUUGAGUGUGCUUUUCAUGAGCAGGGCAUUUUAAUGGGUGAAUUGUAAUUUUGUAUGUAUAGUUUAUUAGGGUUUUAACAUUAUUCCAAUAAAACAGUACAAUCCCUUGUGCCCACCCCCCUUUCCCAUCUCCCUUUGCCCUCAUGCCCUUUUCUGUUUCUUUACAUACAUUUUCAUUUCUGAUGGUCAGUUGUUUAGCAUGUUAUGCAGUGUUCAGGUUCAUAUGCUCAGAUAAGGGUCAUGAUAGAUGAGUGUCAAUGUUCUGCUGAAGUUCCAGAUUAACAACCACUGAGUUGGAGAAAUGUUCGCCCCUGCAUUGCAUUGUGCCUCCCAAUUCUUCUAGUUGUAGAGUUCCAAAAACGCACUCCAAAUUGCUUGGAAGUUUGACUUUUUGGUGUAGUUUAUGAAGCAGAAUUUCCUCAUGGGCUGCUAGUUGCAGAAGAUAUUGUAUCCAGCUUUCUGUGUUUAGCGUGGUCCAAGCUUUCCACUGUUGAAGGACAAUUCAUUAAUGAGUGAAUUGUAAUAUCAUAGACAUGUGUUUAAAAGAUGCAGACCACUAUUUUUACCAACUUUUACAAUUUUCAGUGAGAUUUCCCGUGCCCAGCCUCCUCCUAAUUGAAUGGAUUUUCAAGCUAGAAUUAUUGUAUUCAGACAACUUCUGCUUUAGGCCAUUGUAUCUCAUGAUGAUUGUUUGCUAAACAAAGUUUGCUUUCCAAAUCAAACAAAUGUAGUUUGAACACAUGCAGCUGCUGAUAAGAAGUCAGACCAUUGGUUCCUCUAGUAUCAUAUUUUCAAUUCUGAUUGGCAUUGGCUGUCUUGGACAGAGGGCUCUUUUCGAGCCAUGUUAAUCGGUACCCUUUUAAAUGGAGAUGCUCCAUGAGUUGAGCCUAGGAUCUUUUGCAUGUAAAGCCUAUGCUUUACCACUGAGCAAUGGUUUACUCUUCCUAGUUUCUAAAACAUAAGACAGGGCAAUCAGAAUUUAAUGAGCUGUACUGGCCACUCCAUUAAUAUUUCCAUUUAGUACCUGAGCAUUGGUGGCAGUGUCUGAAAAUGAGGAAAUGGACAAAGAAUUAAAAAUAAGACAUGGAAGUCUUUUUACCACUGAUGCAUCUUAGUCUGACUCAGAAUGUUGUGCAGUAUUGGUGUACUUCAAUAUGUAUAGGCUCGUGACAAGAAAGCUGUAUUAACUUUGACAGUUGGAGCAUAUUCUCUGUUUUAAUAAUUCAGCAGUGGGCAGCACUCAAGAAAGGCCUGCAACUGUACCUUUUCAAAUGUUGAUUUUGCCUAAGCUGUAAAUUGUAGUACCCGCUCUGUACAAUAAAACCAAAAAUACCAGCCCUCAGAGCCCACAAGAAAGCAUCCUACGAAAGGCCUUGUAAUUCUUAAACUUGAAGAAUGCCUAAACCGGAUGUCAUUGAGACUGGCUUUCGUUCCCCUAUAAAUCCUCCAAAACAAUGUUGCUAUAAAUCAUGAGAGCGAAUGGAGUAGAGUGACCACUUGCUAACAUAGGUAUGUUCUUUGAGAACAAGUGGUGGCUUAUGUUCAGUGGCAAAUACUUAUAUCUUGACAGCAUCAUUUCCUCUUUUAUUUAGCCCAAGAUGGCAUUUUCAAAAUCAAGACUUCCGAACGCAGGUCAGCUUGUGAUGGGGGGAGCACAUUGAUUCAUUUUCAGAACUGGAGUGUAUAUAAUCAAAGGGGACAGAAAAUAGUCAGGAUAUUCUGGGGGGUGGGGGAGCGGAUUUAGUUUUGUGAAUUUAUUAUUUUGUCUGUUUUAAUAUCUCUGUGUGAAUAACAGUAUUCUAAAAUAAAAUGAGAAAUGGGAAAAUCAACUUGUACAUAAAUACAAGCUUUUGGCUACACUGCAAGCAAAAAAAAGGGCUCUUCAGUCUGUACACUUAAGUGCAGCAAACACAGCACAAUUCAAGCAUUGUGAUAUACACGUUUUCCUUUACAGAGAUUAUUCCAUAUAGGAAAAAAUGUCAGAAAAUUGUUCUUCUAGAAGGAAGGGAUUUCAUAAAUGUGGCCAUACUCUGUCUUGUUCAUGUACCUUGUCUUACAUCAUUGCACGUGCUUAGUAUAGUCAACAAGCAACCCUAGCCAACCACUAAGACUGGGUCAUGCCUUGCAACUUUUUGGAGAGCAUUCAUUUCAUGAAUAUCUGGGUGUAGCUACUUUUUGCAGUUAAUACAGGAACUGGGGGUGGGGGAGUGUCUUGUUUCUAAUCUUACUGUACUCCAAAACUUUUCAGGUACUUCAUUUGAAAGAUUAGGUAAUUGUACACAUCCUUGUUCAGUGUUAUCCUACUUUAUGUAUAUGGGAACAAAUUUACCUAAGUCAGGUUACAUUUUAGCAGAUAUAAUACUUAAGGAUUAUAUUGCUUUUAUUAUAAAGUUCCCUGAAUGUUGCUGUGCAUGAGUACACAGGAGGUAUAAUGUUAAAAGUAAACUCAACAGUGGCUAGGUUGGUUGAAGCUAUGGCCUCUCCUUUUCCCAUUAUUCUGGGCCGCCAUAAGGAAUUGUAGCAAUGACAAACUAUGGCCUGAUUCACAUGCUUACCAGGCAGCAGGGGCUUUUCACAUUGUGUAAGAGCAGGCAUACGCUCUUCCCACCCACCACAUAUACAACACAUCACAUGCAGUGGACAUUUCACAGAGGCCUAUAUACACAAGCCAGUUUCACCUGAUUUCCCCUUGUUUCUACAUGAGACACUUUUUCUCAUCUUAUGUUCAUGGGCGAGAAGAGGAAUAUAUACCUUCUCCACUGUAUUAGGCAGGAUUAGUAAGUAAUGUAUGGACAAGACCUAGGUUUCCAGUAUCUACAAACUCUUGGCUUUAAAAUGUCAAUGUUGGGCUUAUAUCAGGAAAGCCUGUUUCACUUGUUAAUUCCUAGGAGACUGCACACACAAUUAAGACUAACAACCCUGAGAGACUGCAUUUUUUGAAAAAGAGAAGAAAAUAUGAGUAAUGUGAAAAGGAAUAGUAACCAUACACACAGAAAUAGACUGUUGCAGUGAGAGGAAAGAAGGUGUGGAUAAGACGAUAACUGUGGACAAAUGGUAGGUGUGCAAAACUUAAGUAGAGUGGAAGAGCAAUCAUGGACACAUCCACCCUUCAAAUGGAAGAUCUGUUUUACACCUUUUGUCAUUUUCCCCCAAAGAAUCCCGCAAAGUGCUUUUUAGUAAGAUGCAAUUAAUUUAGUUAAUAAUCUGCAGUCCCUUCCCAUCCAGCAAUUGCCACCUUUAUGUCAAAAAGAGAGGGGUGUAUUUAGUCUAGCCCGAACUAAAAAUAAUCAUUGAAUAUUUAAUACAAUCAGUAAAACAUUCAACAUGGAGAAGGACAGAAAAAGUAGGUAUCAUCCCACUUUUAAAGACAAGGAGCAUUCUCUCUGUUCCUGGACUUCAGUCAACUAUUGUUUUUCCUUCCAUAGACACACCAUGAUUAUGUGGCAUCUGUGCUUUUUUAUUGGCUGUGAUAUAGUCAAUUGGCAGUAGGCAUGUUUUGUACAAUUUUAGAGCUGGAAGGUUUUAAGGCAUCUAAUCUAUUUACCCCUAAGUGUAUUUACAAAUGUAUUUACAUCUAAACCAAUACUGAAAAUAUUUCUCCAGCCUCAUUUAAAAAUGCCCAGAGAUGCCCUUUGUAACUUGAUCCACUCUUCCUAAUUAUUCCCCUUACUUAAAAUUUUCCUUGUUCAUUAUAAGGCAUCAUUCAUGUUCUAACCCCUUUUCCUCCCCCACCCAGAUAAUUCUAUUCUCCGUAGUAGUUAUUUAUGGGUCCAUCUCUAUCCAGAGGGCAUAUCUUCUUUCAAGCAUGCAUGCAACUACAAAGACUGCAUUGUCACAGCAAGACUGAAUGUAUGUGCCCCAUCUGAAUUUACAGAGAUAAAACAAAGUAGUGAAGAGACAUCUGCAUCACUGUUCCAUAAUGUCAUGUUGUUUACAAUGACAUCUAGUGGAAAAGAGGAGGGCAAAUCAGCUCCCCAACAUUAAUCAGGUGUUUUAACGUGCACCACAGAAUGCACCACCUGCUCGUUUAAUCCUCCAAAAAGAAAAGCAGAUUUAUAGCAACUUCUUAACCAGGCAACACAGUAUUUUCUCAAAAACUAACUAUUCUACCUAUUUCUGCAUUUGGCUCAUUCUAUGUUACUUCUUUCUUUAACCUGAUCUGUUGUUUUGUGAAAUCAACAUAUUAUUAAUGGCCGUCUAUUAGGUGAUGUGCUGAAUGAAGUAGGCAUAGUCCUUUCCCUACAAAACUUAGCAGUUAAGAAGAGAGCUAUUUUGUUUCAUUCUUAUUCAAAGCUGUGGUUCUGCAGCAAAACACUUGUAGCAGAAGGCUAGUCUACCCUCCUGCCACUCUGAGAUGUGUGGAACGGGUUUCACACUUAGAUUAUCUUUAUUUAUUGUAGUUGAUUGAUGCAGUGAUAAUUGUACGUUAUAGUUGUACUGAAGCAGCACAACUGCACUAAUGGAUACUGCAGACUUGCACAAGGAAUGAAAUAGAACAAAAAAAAGUGACUCAUGACUCAGAGGGAAACCAGGUUCCCUUUUGUGGGCUGUCACUUUUUUGUGCCAGGCAGAAAACAAAGGUUGUAACAGGAAAGACCAGGGAAUACAUGUGUUGAUCAGUUGGGGUUACCUUUGAUAACCAUACUGCUGGAGGAUCAGCUUCACUCAGGAGUUCUUUCCCACAUAUUUUUGCAUCCUCUUCAGUUGUGGCAGGGAUAGCAGCUUCUCUUCCAAACAGUGCAACUUGAAUCACACAGCCUGUUUUUGGUGGUCUCCGUUUGUAAACCUCAUCCUAGUAUACAGAUGCAGUGAUGAGAGAAAGCUGCACCUUUUGAGUUCUCUUCAGUCGUGUAGCUAUUUAAAGCAUAGAUUCCCUGAUAUUUCAGCAUAAACUGCAGAGGGAUAGUAUCAGUUGUAAUUUGAAGCUGACCUGCAGUCAACUAGCAAAAUGAAACUAGCAGAAUAUACAUGAUGUAUUGCUGUUAGCACACCUGUGCAUUUGCUAUAGGAAAGGGAGCCAAACCUCUCCUAUCGGUUUAGCAAAAAAGAAGAAGAUGAUCUGACACCAGACAGGAAACAAGGAGUUCUUGAACAGGAAAUAUCUAGUUCCAUCCACAUUCUAAGUAUGCAAGUUACGUUCAAUACUUCUGUUUCCUCAUAUAUAAUAUGGUAAUAAUACCUACCUCACAGGAAUUGUGUGAGACUUCAUUCAUUAAUAUUUAUUAAGAAUGGCAAGCUUCUUGCAUGGAUGGUGCUAUGUAAAUACUUACAUGAUUGUUCACUUAUUCUGAAGAUCACAGCCUGUUUGCUUAUAUGUCUCCAUGUGCCCACAGUUUUCCUUAUAGAUACCAGACCCUCUGGUGCUGAACCCUGUUGGCUAAUGCUUUGUGAUCUGUCCUUGUAUCUUUACUCUGAUGAUUAUCUUACUCUUUUUAUUCUUUUGGUGUUUAUGCUUGAUAUGAGCCGUGCUUGUAGCUCUUUUAACUGUUGUUCCUUUUGCUGUAUCCAUACAAUAGAAUACAGUGGAAUGGCAUUUUAAGGGGAUGAUUUGCUGACUUGCUAAAUUAGUGUAGUCCCAAUGACUUCAGAAUGUCUACAUUAGUAUAAAGGGUCCAUGACCAUUCCCACUAGAAAUGCCAAUCUUGUCAAUAAUGGGAUUUUAGUAAUGUGUAACUAUUGAAGAUGUGUUCCGUCAAGCAACUGGACUGCUAAAAUCAUGUUCUGAAUGUUCUUAUUGUGUUGGGACCAGCUCAAAUCAUGGGAGAAAACAUGGGGGACCAAUAUACAAUCCACAAGCCCCAAGUUUGACUCUACCCAGUUUUAGCCAAAUAAUGCCCCUCCACUCUUCUAAAAUCAGUAGCUAAGGGGAGCCAUGCCCCCUGUAAUUUGAGCACCCAACAACCCAAGUAAGAGGGUAUAAGAACCUUAAAACAACAGCUUUCACAUUUAUUAACAAGCAAAUGAGGUUGAUCUGUAUUAACAAAAAGCACAUGUAAAAUAGCUGUCACCCAGAUCAGUAGUUUGGUCAAAAGAGUUGCCAUAGUUCUUGGUCAAAAGUUCUUGCCAGCAUAGAAGCAGAUCACUUGGAAUGGCUUUGGAUGAUCCACUUUCAAGGUCAGAGACAUUGCUUUCAGUUCUGGGAAACAGAGAGAAGAGAUGCUUGCUAUGUGCUAAUUAGACUGCACUUUCUCAGAUGUGGUGGUGAUUAUUAGCAAGAGCAUGAUGAAGUUUGUUUCAGGAAGAGUAAUCCUCAUACCUGAACCUUAUCCAGGCACUAAAUAUGAGGGAUGGCUAAUCUGUGGCUGUCCAAACGUUCUUGGACUCCAACUCCCAUUAUCCCCAGACAGCAUGACUAAUGGUCAGGGAUUAUGGGAAUUGGAGUCUAGCAAAAUCUGGAGUGCCAUAGGUAUCCCACCCCUUCUAUAUAUGAAGGUUUGCCAACUUUUUAUCCGAAAGAGCUCCUGUGCCUUUAACAGCUACAUGCUAGGCCAAAAUUCAACUUGUAGAACUUGUCAUGUCAUAAAGAUGCAGUCAUUAGGGUGGGGGGAAGCUGUAUCUGCUGAGUUCCUUCCUGUCAUGCAGCAAUGAAAACCACAGCAGCCCUGCCAAGAAAACAAGAGGGAGGAGGCAAUCUGUGGAUAUUGUGGAAGUUAACACUUGUGGAUUUAGAAGAAAAUGCUACCACCAGAAUGAAACAUCUGUCAUGCUUUCCUAUCUUCUCUACAUCUGUACAUUGCUCACUGUGGUAAUUAAAAUAGCUGCACUAAGCCUUUUAUGUUGGGGAAAAUAUUUUUCAGAAGUGCACAAAGCUAGUGAUAUCCCGUUUUGGUCAACAUUGCAACAAAAUAAAUGGAUAUCGACUAGAUGACCUUUUUUGUGCCACUUAAGGGCUAUGCAUGCAAUCCUUAGAUUUGUGGUUAUCCACAGGAACCAUUUGUACAGACAUUCAGUUUCUGGACCAACGGUUUACAUUUGUUUCAGCACAUAGUUCAGUCGAUGUGCUUAAUCAUGAUUUGAGCUCAUGUAAGAACAGCUAGCAGUCUUGAAUCCAGACUGUUAGCCCAGAGAGAAAACUAAGUGGAUAACUAUGUACUUCAAGGCCAUGUGUCUGCUCAAGAUCCCCAGGUAUAGGCCAAGACUAACUAUUCACAAGUGCAGUGAGAAUAAUUUUUAGCAGGUCUUUUGAAAGCUUAUGAGUGAAAGUGAUUAAACUAGCAAAGGGCAUGUAUGUAAAAUACAGUGGCAAGGCCUAUGUAUUUGAAUUCCUCAUUGCCAUAUUGUGAAUUAUAACAGUGUGAACAACAAAGAGCUGAUAAAUUCAAAUAAGAUACCAAAGGCCUGGCAAAGUGAAAGGAAUUAUUUUCCUUGUUUCUAAUCUAGGCAUGUGCAAGCAGUAUGCCACCCUCUUGAGAAUCUAAACUUUCCAGUGUGCGUGAUAAGCUUUGGCUUGGCAGCCACAAACAUUCUUAGUCUACAUAUUUUGAUGUAUACUACUAUAUUGUAGCUAUGUGGUACAUGCUCAUAUGUUAAUAGUGUAUACCUUUAAGUUAGGGGUUGCUAAUGUAAUACAUUUCAAUAAAAAGGUAUUUAAAAACAUAACCUGUGUCUGCUUAAUGUUGUUCAGUAUAUUUGAGAGAAUUUCAUUGCCUUGCAAAUCCCAGUGCAGAAUUGGUGAGACAAUCAGAUAUCAUAGAAUCGUAGAGUUGGAAGGGCCUUUAAAGCCAUCGAAUCCAACCCCCUGCUCAUUGCAGGAAUCCAAAUUAAAACACCCGACAGGUGGCUGUCGAGCUGCCUCUUUAAUGCCUCCAGUGUUGGAGAGCCC